CCACAAUUCGUACGCAUACAGGCAGGAACACACCAAUAAAAGACUGCUCAUGGCCAAAAACGAGUGGACAAAACUCCACACGCAAAGGCAGGUAGAGCCACGUGACUAACGCUAUCUCGCCUGCUGGUGCUUCAGCCGCUCACCACCUGCACACAGAAACACACACGCACGCACACAUACAAUGUCCGUCGGAGUGCGCGUGCGCAGGUAUGUUGCUUGCACACCUGCCAGAUUUCCAUCUCAUCGCACGUGAAGUUCUGCGACUGCGCCAAUGUGCCCUGGUCCUGCUGAUUGGUCGUUCCCUUGUAUCCCUCCGACAGAUCGUCCCUCUUGAUCCACUGCUGGCAGCUGCUGAGGUCGGCCGCCGGACCAGGCUGGUCGAAUCCCAGCCAGAGAUAGCCGCGACCGAUGGCCACGUUCCCACACGACUCGCCCUUGCUGUCCUUCACCACUCCCUGUGUGCCGGCCACCCCCACCGUCUGCCUGUCCUCGGAUAGCUCGAUCUUGGUCGGCGCGUCAUACGCACCGGACAGCGAAAAGAAGAAGACGGGCACCUUGUAGUCGUUGGUCUGUGUGGGGUCCUUGGGCGGGUCGAGUGGGCCGUCGACGAAGCACCCGAAUCGGUGUGUGUCGCCAUCGCGGAGGGCGAAGAGCAGGCCGCUCCUGCCGGUCACCUGGUUGAGGAAGGAGGGAUACGCAAAUGUGUCACGACUCGAUCUGAUAUCAACACACAUGACAGCCAUGUCUGUGUGCCCCAUCCCCUCUGUAUGUGUGGCCUCCUCACUUGUAGAUGAGUGUGACUGUGGGUGAGUGUUUGCCGGUCAUGUCGAUGACUUUGCCCCACUCCUCGGCCGACUUGGCGAUGAAGUCGUGGCCAUCGGCGGCCGGCAGAUUGCAGUACGGCUGGUACCUCAACCCAUACAUCUCCUGACACACACAUGAGAGCAGCCAAACUGCCACCUCGUGUGGACCCGGGCGCGGUGCCGUCACUUACGAUGUCCUCUAUGAAAUGGCGCUCGCCUCCCUCCUCGAGCAGCGGCGGUCGGAUCAUCUGACUGGCCGGCAUGAUGGCGAUGCGCCGCGAAAACUCCACAGUUGUCACGAAGCACUUGGUAGGCGUCUGACGCACAUGACGGUCGGCCCAGCAGGGGGGAUUGCUGCACAGACCAUGCACAACCCCCAAGCGCCCAAUGUGACCUGCUUGUUGUCAUAUCUGUGUCUGCUCGCUCCUCUUACGUGGCGAAGCGGGUGAGCAGCGGGUGGUUGGGGCCCAGACGACUGAAAGUCUUACGCAUCAUCGACACCUUGCGGCCAAGGACCAUCAGGCUCAGAAUCUCGUUCUCGUUCUCGUCAGGGCUGGCGAAGGAGGGCUCCAUAGCCUCCAGGAAGCGCUUGAUGUCAUCCCUGACGCCCUGCAGCUGCUUGAUGGCCGUCGAGUGAGUGCGGAGGGACUCCUCGCAGGCCUUCAUAUACUGCUGGAUGGCCUGGUCCUCGCUGCCGGUGGGAUCGGCAGUCGAUGCUGUGCUGGCCGUGUGGGGUGUGGUGGUCUGCUGGGGUGCCGAGUAGCAGGUGAUCUCGCGCAUGAAGAGGGCGUGGUAGUCGGCGUAGAGGGGGUCAGCCGCCUUGGGCGGCGGAAAUAUGCCGGUGACACCUCCAGGUAGAUGUGGCCAUUCUCAUCUCGCGGCAGGCCGUUCGCGUGAUGCAUCAGGAGGACCGACAGGUACCUGCGCACCAUGAAGGGCAUCAGCAGGGCUCGCCGACUCACGGGGAACACCACUCCACCUGUGCAUAUGCACACAUCCAGGAAGUGUGUGUCAUGCACGAAGCUAUUCCUCCCUCUCUGUCCUACGUGCACCUGCCUACCUGCGUUGACAUGCACCUCGCUAUCGGUGUCUGGGAGCUUCCACACGCCGCCCCGCGCUGACACCAUGUCCGAGAUCUCAUCCGUGAUAGCUUUCACAUCCCCCUCUGCCUUGGUCUUGAAGUCAACAGCCUGCUGCAUGAUCUGCUCGUAUGAGUUCUGCGAGGUGAGGAUCAGUCGAUCUGCCAUUCCGCAGCCGGAUCCGUGUGCUCCGCCUGCCAUUCUUCGUUGUUUGGCUAAGUUCCC